UCGAGUAUUUCGCGUUCGACGCUCGCCGAGUCCACACGUGCUGCUGCUCCCGGUCGUGAUCCGUGAUCGUGUGAUCCGUGAUCCCCAGUGUGCUCAAGACACACCAAAAACCAAACAAAAAAUUUAAAACAAAAUACAAAAAAAAACAUACAAAGUGCCCACGAGUGUCAGUGCAUAUUUUUUUGUUGUUGUUGCCGCUGCUGUUACCGUUACUUGCUUAAGAGCAAAACCCAAAUAAAGAGAAAGAACGAGGAGAGAGUAGAAAAGAACCUUCCAGUGAAAACCGGGAUUUCAAAAAAGCACGGAAAUAUAAGGAAUCCACGGCACCCGAGAUAGAUCACGUAUCACACACAGUUGUGUCUUGACCUUCGGAAAGAUUACUCUUUACCGAUCCAAUCGCCACGCCCACAGCGCCAUCAUGUGGAGCCCACAAAAAGGCCCUACACGGCUGUGGGACUAUAGGUUUAGUAGCUGUAUAUUUAUCUUACACUUAAUGUUUAGUUUAGUCAUAGCUGGUAAUGAACUGUGGCCCAUGGAGCGGCCAGACGGGAUGCCCAAUAUCGUUUCGCUGGAGGUGAUGUGCGGCAAGGACCACAUGGAUGUGCACCUGACCUUUUCGCACCCAUUCGAGGGCAUUGUGAGCUCGAAAGGACAACACAGCGAUCCGCGUUGCGUUUACGUGCCGCCCUCCACGGGCAAGACGUUCUUCUCCUUCCGCAUCUCGUAUUCCCGAUGCGGCACCAAGCCGGACCUCAACGGACAGUUCUACGAGAAUACGGUGGUGGUGCAGUACGACAAGGAUCUGCUGGAAGUUUGGGACGAGGCGAAACGACUGCGUUGCGAGUGGUUUAAUGACUACGAGAAGACCGCCUCCAAGCCGCCCAUGGUUAUUGCCGAUCUCGAUGUCAUCCAGCUUGAUUUCCGAGGUGACAAUGUGGACUGUUGGAUGGAGAUUCAGCAUGGCAAGGGGCCGUGGGCGCCACCAGUAAGUGGUAUUGUACCGCUCGGAUCCACCUUGACCCUUGUGGUGGCCAUCAACGAUUAUCGAGGCGAGUUCGACAUGCGUGUGAAGUCCUGUGUGGCAUCGGAUGGAUCUGGUCAUGUGAUCAACCUGUCGGAUGAGUUUGGCUGCGUACUGCGACCCAAGAUGAUCUCACGCUUCCUGAAGGCCCGUGCUCCCGAUGAGAGGGCCACCGUGAUCACCUACGCCUUCUUCCACGCCUUCAAGUUCCCGGACGCCCUGAGUGUGCACAUCAAGUGCAAGGUGGAGAUCUGUCGCCACGGCUGCCUUGAUCACUGCCAGAACACGGGCGUGGGCGGGGGUGGAUCCGGAGAGUCACUGGGACUGGGCCUCGGACUGGGUCUGACCAAUGCUAACGAGCGCAAGGAUGUGCACAUGUCCGAUGCGAUGGGCAGCAGUAGCAACGAUCUGCUCAGAGAUCUGGCCCUGCCACCUGGCGGCAGUCAACAUGGCAUGGGCAUGGGCAUGGGCAUGGGACCGGAUCACGAUAUCUUCUACGAGGACAUCAUCCACGAUCACAAGCAGACCCUCGGCGGCGGCGGAGGAUCGCCCGUUGGCGGUGACUAUGGGCACGAGAAAAGCGUGCAUCUGCAACCACGGCCGGUGCACGAGGAGCAGGAGGAGGCCGAUCUGUCGGAUCUGUUCGGGGAUGAGGACCUGGCCGAUUUGGACAUGGAGGGCGGCGAGGGCGAGCGGUACUUGGGCCUGAAGAAGAGUGGCAAGUUUCCUCACGGUCCCAGACAGCUGGAGGCCCAAAAACGCAUGGGCGUGCCGAUGGCGGGUCCCCGCUCCCUGGAACCUCAUGGCCAGGAUGAGGAUGUGCCACGACCCGUGUAUAGGCCACAGGCGGAGGCUUUGAAGAAACCACGCGAAGAUCACAUCGAUUUGGAUAAGGAAGAGGAAAAGGAUCAGGAGCAGGGCAAAAAGGAAGAGCAGAAGCAGGCGGGAGAAGGUGAAGGAGAGGGAGGUACUAACAACUCGAAGAGCCGUCGCCGUCGAUCCUUGGUCAUUUCCGAUCGCAAGGUGCGCAGUGCCGACGUGGGCGUCAGCGGUCUGUACGAUGUCAUAUCGGAGGCGGAUCUGGCAUUCUCGCCGGAUUCCAAACAGGAGGCGGUCACUGUGUUCCAGGGCAAGAUCAGCGAGGAGGUGGUCUACGGCAUUUGCAUGCCGGUGCCCGGGUUCAGCAUCCUUUUUAUCGUUGUAAUCUCAGCGACGAUCGUGUCCGCUCUGGUGGCCGGAUCCCUGCUCUACCGCUAUCAGCUGCAGAAGGAGGCGCUGGACAAGCAGACGCCGAUGCCGGUGACCGGAACACUGGCCUCCUGGAUGACCCUGAGGCUCUUCCGCCUGCGACAACAACAACAACAGCAGCAGCAGCAACAAGUCAGGCAGCCGAGCUCAGGCCACGAAACGGUUCAGUGAUCAGCUCGGCCAGGAUUGAGAUCAAGAUCGGAAUUCUGAAUCGAAAUCGACAUCGAAAUGGACAUCGAAAUCUAAAUCGAAAUGGAAAUCAAAAUCAAAUCACGUUGCCCACGUCUAUGCCUUCCAUUAUUAUUUAUUUAUUACGAUUAUUGUUUUUUUUUAUUGGGUUGUUUGUUCAGGAUCCAGACAAAGAGAUAUGGUGCAGAUAUCAGAUAUCAGAGAUCGGGCAACAAUGCAAUACUCGAACUGCUCGUUUCGGUGCUGAACGUUCUACAAUUUUUUUUUUGUAUUUUGUUUUUUGGGUGCAUUUAGUCGUAAAAUUGCAUAGAAAAAAAUAAUAGUGAAAGUAAAAGUAAACAAAGAGAGAGAUACACAAAUACAAUGAAGACUCCGGACAGGUGCUCCAGGUUUAAGGAGUUGGAUGUUAUAUCGCAUCCGUUAGGCGUAAGGGAACUUAUUUAUUUAUAUAUAUAUCUAUAAAUUAUACAUACGAGAUUUAGCUGUAAGCCGAGCGGUAUGGAAAUUUUAAAUGUAAUGUUUUUUGGACUUUUUUGGUUUUUUUUUUCUGUGUUCUUUUCGGCAUCCAAAACAUGUUUAGGGGAAAUUUAGUUAAAUUCUAUAGCUUCGUUUAGAAAAUUCUCAUAAUCACACCCACACACUCACACAUACAAACACGGACUUACUCAUGCACACAUACAAACCGACUACCAUUUUCCAUUAAAAAAUUAAACAAAAGAAAAUGCAAAUUCUUGCAUGCAUAUUACAAUUUAAGUUCAAAUUUUGUAAUUGAAAAAUUGACAAUUGAAUAAAAUUUAGUUAAGUUGAAAAUAA